AUGUUCUCCAUGAAACAGUUCCCUGCCCUGCCUCCAGAAGAGCGCUACCGUCAAGUCCUGGCCCAGCCUGAGCGGGUCUUGGGAGUUGAUGAAGAUAGCAUGGGUGGCGGUUGUUCUCAGAAGUUGGCAUCAGCCAAAUACCUUCGUCUUUUGUUACUGGUGUUGAUCCCAUGUGUCUGUGCCUUCAUUCUCUUAUUGGUGAUCCUGCUUACCUUUGUAGGUUCUUUAGGAAAACACUAUUUUAGUGCGAAUGAAAGUGAUGUGCUUGUCACUGAUGAUGGCAUCCAAAUAGCAGAUAUUCUUCCUACUAAUAUGAUUCCCAACGGUUCCACUGUGCUGUCUACAGUGAAUCCUAGCCAGCAGACUCUAGCUGCCUGGACCAUAUAUCCUUCUUCCCGAGGAGACCAAAUGAAUAAAAACAUAAGUAAAUCAGAAGAUUUGUCAUCAGAGAAACCUUUUACUCCUGUAGUACCCAUUGGUGAUAUUUUAACUUCUGCACCUGAUGGUGAUAAAUCACAGUCUGGUACAACAGAAGCAUCUAUUUGGUCAAUCCAAUCAUCCAGCAAGUUACCGGACUGGACUCUCUCUUCAACAUUAAGUCCUACCAGGUCAGCAGUUGUACCAGAAAUGGAUAUAAAAAAAGGUGCCUGUGUAAACAUUGUCAACAGCCAGUGUCAAAUGUUGCCUUACAACCACACUACUCUGACAUCCGUUCUGUCCAUGGUGAAAAGAAUCGAACUGGAAAAGUUCCUGAAGUUCUUCAGUUAUCUCAGCCGCCUCAGUUGCUACCAGCACAUCAUGUUGUUUGGCUGUAGCAUUGCUUUCCCUGAGUGCAUCAGUGACGGCGAUGACAGUUAUGGACUCCUGCCCUGUCGGUCUUUUUGCGAAAUUGCAAAAGAAGGCUGUGAACCAGUUCUGGGUAUGGUGAAUUCUUCCUGGCCUGAGUUCCUCAAAUGCUCCCAGUUUAGAAACCACAGCGAAAGUGACCUCAGGAGGGUCUGCUUCUCCCCGCAGCAGGAAAGAGGAAAACAAUUGCUGUGCAGAGGAGGUGAGAGCUUUCUGUGCGCCAGCGGAGUCUGCAUUCCCAGAAAGCUGCAGUGCAAUGGCUUUAAUGAUUGUGACGACUGGAGCGACGAGAGGCAUUGCAAUUGUAGUGAAGAUCUAUUUCACUGUCACACAGGAAAAUGCCUUAAUUAUAGUUUUGUAUGUGAUGGAUAUAAUGACUGUGGAGACCUAAGUGAUGAGCAAAACUGUGACUGUAACCCUGUAAAGGAACAUCGCUGUGGAGAUGGCCGCUGCAUAGCAAUAGACUGGGUGUGUGAUGGUGACCAUGACUGUCUAGAUAAGUCAGAUGAAGUCAACUGCUCAUGUUAUAGUCAGGGUCUUCUGGAAUGUGGCAAUGGACAGUGUAUCCCUAGCGCUUUCCGGUGUGACGGCGAUGAGGACUGUAAAGAUGGAAGCGAUGAAGAAAAUUGUAGCAACAGCCAGCCCCCGUGUCUAGAAGGAGAUCAGAAAUGUAUCUACAAUUCCUGCUUUGACGGAUGUGGUGGGAGCUCCCUUUGUGACUCAGACAGCAAUCAGACCAACUGUAGUCAAUGUGAGCCAAUCACCCUGGAACUUUGCCUCAAUCUUCCCUAUAAUUAUACGAAUUUUCCAAACUACCUUGGUCACAGGACUCAGAAAGAAGCUUCUAUCAGCUGGGAAUCCUCCCUCUUCCCAGCCCUUGUUCAGACCAACUGUUACAAAUAUCUCAUGUUCUUCGCCUGCACUAUCUUAGUACCAAAGUGUGAUCCACAUACAAACCAGCACAUCCCACCCUGCAGGACACUGUGUGAGCAUUCCAAAGAACGUUGUGAAUCUGUGCUCGGGAUUGUGGGUCUUCAGUGGCCUGAAGAUACAGAUUGCACUCAGUUUCCAGAGGAAAGUUCAGAUAACCAAACCUGCCUAAUGCCUGAUGAAGAUGUAGAAGAGUGCUCCCCUAGUCAUUUCAAGUGCCGCUCGGGAAGGUGCAUUCUGGCAUCUAGGAGAUGUGACGGGCAGGCUGACUGUGAGGAUGACAGCGAUGAAGAACACUGCGGUUGCGGAGAGAGAGGUCUUUGGGAAUGUCCCGCCAGCAAACUGUGUAUCAAACAUGAAGUGAUUUGUGAUGGGUUUCCAGACUGUCCUGAGAAGAUGGAUGAAAAAAACUGCUCAUUUUGCCAAGAUGAUGAACUGGAGUGUGCCAAUCAUGAUUGUGUGUCCCGUGAUUUGUGGUGUGAUGGGGGAAUAGAUUGUUCAGACAGCUCUGAUGAAUGGGACUGUGUGACAUUAUCUAAAGAUGCGAGCUCCUCUACGUUCCUGACUGUUCAUCGAUCUGCCGCUGACCACCAAGUAUGUGCUGACAACUGGCAAGAGACAUUGAGUCAACUGGCCUGCAAGCAGAUGGGUUUAGGAGAGCUAUCAGUGACAGAAAUUAAACAAGAACAGAGGCAUCCUUGGAAGUGGCUGACUCUUCGAUCAGACUGGCAGCAGAAAAAUACAAGCACUCUCCAUGAACUGCUAGUGACAGGGCACCCUUGUCACAGUGGAAGUCGGAUUUCUCUCUUGUGCUCUGAACAAGACUGUGGCCGUCGCCCUGCAGCUCGUAUGUACAAGAGGAUUUUGGGUGGCAGGACAAGUAGACCUGGAAGGUGGCCAUGGCAGUGCUCCUUGCAGAGUGAACCAAGUGGACACAUUUGUGGUUGUGUUCUGAUUGCCAAAAAGUGGCUUCUGACUGUUGCUCACUGCUUUGAGGGGAGAGAAAAUGCUGCUGUGUGGAAAGUGGUACUUGGUAUAAACAAUCUGGAUCACCCAUCGAUCUUUAUGCAGACACGUCUAGUGAAGACUAUUAUCUUACAUCCUCGAUACAACAGAGCCGUGGUUGACUAUGAUAUCAGCAUUGUGGAGCUAAAUGAAGAUAUCGUUGAGACCAGUUAUGUCCGUCCGGUCUGCUUGCCCAGAUCACAACAGGUGGUAGAGCCUGAUACUUACUGCUACAUCACAGGCUGGGGACACAUGGGCAACAAAAUGCCGUUUAAACUUCAAGAGGGAGAAGUCCGUAUCAUUUCUCUGGAACAGUGCCAAUCCUACUUUGAUAUGAAAACUAUUACUACCAGAAUGAUAUGUGCAGGUUAUGAGUCUGGCACUGUGGACUCCUGUAUGGGCGACAGUGGUGGGCCUCUUGUUUGUGAGCAUCCCGGAGGCCAGUGGACAUUGUUUGGCCUGACUUCAUGGGGAUCAGUCUGCUUUUCCAAAGUGUUGGGGCCAGGUGUUUAUAGUAACGUUUCACAUUUUGUCGAGUGGAUUGAACGGCAAAUAUAUAUCCAUACCUUUCUGUUCAACUGAUUCCCAAAGUAAAGAAGACUGCCUCUUCAACUGUGAAGACCUUGUUUUGGAGGACAUUGAAGGAAGCACUUUCUACAGGAGGACAAUGUGACAGUGUGGCCCAGAUGAGUAACCUUUCACCAUCUUAGGCAGAUACUGCUAGUUCUCAUGCUCUUAUUUGCUCUAAUUUUAUUCUUUUCUGCCUUUCCUUUCCUUUCCUCCUUUCUCUCCUUUUUUUUCCUCCUAUACUGUGGUGUCAUUUCAAAUGAGAGGCCCUAAAGGUACAAAAGCAACCCUGCUACUUGGCCUGGCCUAAACUUGUCUCUUCCACAAAACUAUAAAAACUCAAUUGAUACAAGGAAAUGAAGAAUGCAUUUGGUAAGGUACAGGUUAGGUAAAGUUUUUUUGGUUUUGGGUUUGGUUUUUUUUUUUGGCAUCAACAUAAAAGAUAGCAUUGAUAUCACAGGAGAAUAACUUUUCUGCUAGCUCCAGUUGGCUCUGCAGCAGAAAAGUAGCAAAUUUCCACAUUAAUAUGAGGGACUUGCUUUUGGUUUACUGAGAGCUAAAAUUAUUUAGAUGUCAUCACUGCAUCUGCGAUUUAAUGUAUAGGAUUCUAAUAGUCUAUGCUGAAACCAGUCACGGAGGGAAAACCUCAGUAGCAUUCACAUAGAAAUGGAAUAUGAAAAUGUAGCCCAUGAGUGUAGACCUUAUUUGUUACCUCCAUUAGCAUGAGCCCCCAUUGACUUCAAGUUACUCCUACAAGUCGCAGUCCUGAAGUCUCCACAGCCCUUUACCUUGUCUAUGGCUUGGGUUUGUUUGGCAUUUGACUGAUUCCAGUUUGGGAAAGUGCCUCAAAAGGCAAAGUGAGGAUUUUUAUUUUGGAUUAACUUGUAAUCAUGAUAAUGUAGUGACCAAUGCCAAACAAAGGAGAACAUCCUGAGAAAUCCAAUGGCUUUAUGUAAUUAGAUUUUUCCCCCCAAGUGGAACCAAAAUUCUCCCAAGUUCUUUUUUGAAUAUUUACAGGCUCUUCCUUGUUCAUACCAUUCUAAUAGAAGGUAUGGUUUUGAAAUAUUCUAAAAGAAAGAAAGCUUAAUCAUUUUCAUUCAGUAAAAGUGAAUCCUUUUGGGAACACUAUUGGGUAGCUAAUGCUGCAAUUUCUUUUUUAAUUAAAGUGAAAAUUCAAAGAAAAAAGUUCAUAUUAUCAAGCACUAGGCCACUUUAUCUAUAUCAUGGGUUUGAGACAAUUUAUGGCUUUCUAAAGAAUUUUUUCUCAUCUUAUUGAAGUAGUUGAAAAUAGGAAUCUCGUUAAUGCCAUGAGGUGGUUUAUCAUGUGAUGGUCUCUGCAAUAUUCCAAAGGCCUCUUGAGCAGCAACACUCUGAUUUCCUUCUACCAGUGACCUUGACUGCUUCAGCAUUCCAAGUAAAGAUGAUAUUUGUAAUUUUAUAAAUGUAUUUUUAUACUAUUUUUCUAUGUGUACACACAUUUGUAGUUCAAAAGACAAAUCUCGACACUGGCCAGUCUGCAAGAAUCAAGAGUGUGAAAUUUCUCUUCAAAGAUAGUAGCUAUGGUUUCAUGACUAAAGCAAGAGCAUAUGUGUUGUUAGUAUUAUCACAGCUACAGUGACUCAUAGCAAAUGUAAUCACUGGCCAGUUUUGUUUCAAUUCCUGU